GCAAACAUCCCCUUUCCCCGCGCUGUCCGCUGCAAUCUUUCGCCCCGCCAUGCUUGCUGGGUAGGAGGUACCUCACUUGCAAGCGCGUAGGACCCCGACCGCCUGCCGCUUCUGCCUCAGCCUUACCUUUAACAUCAGCCCAGAUUCCGAGCCUGCCUGCAACGACCAUCCUUGCCGACGGCCACAUGCACACGCCGAACGCCAAAAUCAAUCCCCAGCUACUGAGGACCGUUUGAGGACAGUACUUUUUCGAGAAAUCGAGCGGGUGCUAUCUCAGACAUCGCUGCCGACCGAAUUCGAAAAUCGGCACGAUGGGCAACACUACCAGCGCGGUGCUGGACAACAUCGUCCAGGGGUCAAACUUCGACAGGGAGGAAGUGGAUAGGCUACGAAAGAGGUUUAUGAAGUUGGAUAAGGACAACUCCGGUACGAUCGAGCGCGAAGAAUUCCUCAGCCUGCCGCAAAUAUCGUCGAACCCGCUCGCGACACGAAUGAUAGCAAUUUUUGACGAAGACGGCGGCGGUGACGUGGACUUCCAGGAGUUUGUCUCCGGACUGAGCGCCUUCAGCAGCAAGGGCAACAAGGAGCAGAAGCUGCGGUUUGCCUUCAAGGUGUAUGACAUUGACCGCGAUGGCUACAUCAGCAACGGUGAGCUCUUCAUCGUGCUCAAGAUGAUGGUCGGCAACAACCUCAAAGACCAGCAGCUGCAACAGAUCGUUGACAAGACGAUCAUGGAGGCGGAUCUGGACAAGGACGGCAAAAUCAGCUUUGAGGAGUUCACCAAGAUGGUGGAGAACACGGAUGUUAGCAUGAGCAUGACACUCGAUCAGUUCUGAGCGACGCGAAGUUGGAGGGUCUGCGAAAGUUACCACGAGGCACGAUGCGACGUUUGGAAAUG